UUUCAUAAUAGAAAUACCAAAACCCACUUUGAGAAAACAUGGGCCCUCAAAUGGCCUCUAUUACUCUAACUAUUGCAUUGACAAUAGUUUCCCUCACCUUGCCAUCUGAAGCAAAUAACUACAUCUAUUCAUCUCCACCACCACCUAAACCUUACUACUACUACUCUCCACCACCACCAGUGCACUCACCUCCUCCACCUUACCAUUAUAUCUCACCACCACCACCACCAAAAAAGCAAUAUAAAUACUCUUCUCCUCCACCACCGGUUUAUAAAUAUAAAUCUCCACCUCCACCUCCAUAUAAGUACCCAUCACCACCACCUCCAGUUUACAAAUACAAAUCUCCACCACCGCCAGUUUAUAAAUACAAUUCACCUCCUCCACCGGUGUAUAAAUACUCAUCUCCUCCACCACCGAUUUAUAAGUAUAAUUCACCUCCUCCACCGGUGUAUAAGUAUAAAUCUCCUCCACCACCAGUUUAUAAGUAUAAGUCACCUCCUCCACCAGUGUAUAAGUAUAAAUCUCCUCCCCCACCAGUUUAUAAGUAUAAGUCACCUCCCCCACCAGUAUACAAGUACAAAUCUCCUCCACCACCAGUUUACAAGUACAAAUCUCCUCCUCCACCAGUGUACAAGUAUAAGUCACCACCACCUCCAGUUAAAAAACCAUACAAGUACUCAUCUCCCCCACCACCGGUUUAUAAGUACAAUUCACCUCCUCCACCAGUGUACAAGUAUAAAUCUCCUCCACCACCAAUUUACAAAUACAAAUCUCCUCCUCCACCAGUAUACAAGUAUAAGUCACCACCACCUCCAGUUAAAAAACCAUACAAGUACUCAUCUCCCCCACCACCGGUUUAUAAGUACAAUUCACCUCCUCCACCAGUGUACAAGUAUAAAUCUCCUCCACCACCCGUUUACAAAUACAAAUCUCCUCCUCCACCAGUAUACAAGUAUAAGUCACCACCGCCUCCAGUUAAAAAACCAUACAAAUACACAUCUCCACCACCGCCAGUUUACAAGUACAAUUCCCCUCCUCCACCAGUGUACAAAUAUAAAUCUCCUCCACCACCAAUUUACAAGUAUAAGUCACCUCCUCCACCAGUGUACAAGUAUAAUUCUCCUCCACCACCAGUUUACAAGUAUAAGUCACCUCCUCCACCAGUGUACAAAUAUAACUCUCCUCCACCACCAGUUUACAAGUAUAAGUCACCUCCUCCACCAGUCUAUAAGUAUAACUCUCCUCCACCACCAGUUUACAAGUAUAAUUCACCUCCUCCACCUGUGUAUAAAUACAAGUCACCACCACCUCCAGUUAAAAAACCAUAUAAGUACGCGUCUCCACCACCGCCAGUUUACAAGUACAAUUCCCCUCCUCCACCAGUUUACAAAUAUAAAUCUCCUCCACCACCAGUUUACAAGUAUAAGUCACCUCCUCCACCAGUGUAUAAAUAUAAUUCUCCCCCACCACCGGUUUAUAAAUACAAGUCACCUCCUCCACACAUUUACAAGUAUAAUUCUCCCCCACCACCAGUUUAUAAGUAUAAGUCACCUCCUCCGCCAGUUUACAAGUACAAUUCACCUCCUCCACCAGUGUACAAGUAUAAUUCUCCUCCACCGCCAGUUUACAAAUACAAAUCACCUCCUCCCCCAGUGUACAAGUACAAGUCACCACCUCCUCCGAUUAAAAAACCAUACAAAUAUUCAUCUCCACCACCACCAAUAUACAAGUAUAAGUCACCUCCCCCACCGACUUACAAAUAUAAAUCUCCUCCUCCACCUGUAUAUUCACCACCUUUACCACAUUAUAUCUACUCUUCACCUCCUCCACCAGCUCAUUCCCCUCCUCCACCACAAUACAUCUAUGCAUCACCUCCUCCUCCUUAUCACUACUAGAUAGUGGUUUACAAUAGAAUCCCAUGGAUUUUAUGAAUAUAUUGGAAAUAAGCAGGAAGAUGCAUUUGGCAAUAAUACAAAGAAGAAAACAACGGAAGCAAAGUUUCUCAUUUGUUUUGUUAUGAAUUAUUAUUAUUCUCAUUACUAUUAGUGUGCUUUGUUUUUGAAUUUUAGACAGCUGUAAGGCACUGUGUGUAGUAAAUUAUGAAUGUAUUUUGUUUUGGAACCUACUCGUUUUCAAGGGGUAGAGAAAAUAAAAUUGAAAAAUUCUCCUUCA